AAUCCCCCUUCCUGCUUCCCUUCCUUCCUCCCUCCUCAUCACCUCUUCAUCCCACCCCCCUCCCCCCCGCAUAUAUGAGGGCACCGCUGCUCUUUUUGGACUCAUCUGUCGGACUGAGUCCAGCUGUGACAAACCUUUGGAAUCAGACCGAGUUCGACUGCAUCGAAUCCGGGAAUACAAAUUUACCACGAUGAUGCUGUGUCUGUUACUCCUCCAGCUGGUCCUGGCUCCAGCCCUUUUGGUGUCCGCUGAGGACUACUGGGAGGGGUGGGGUGCAUACGGACCAUGUAGUCGGACCUGCGGCGGUGGCGUAAUGGUCAAAAGCAGACGCUGCAUCACUCACAGGAAUGACGGAGGCCACAACUGUGUUGGACCUGACAAGUCUUAUCUGGCCUGUAACACCGAGGAGUGUCCCGCGGGAACCAAGGAUUACCGUGAGGAGCAAUGCUCCCAGUUUGACGGGACUGACUUCAAGGGAUCACGCUACGUCUGGGUGCCUUAUUACGGAGCCGAGAACCCCUGUGAGCUGAACUGCGUGCCAAAGGGAGACAACUUCGUCUACCGUCACAGUGCCGCAGUGAAAGAUGGGACACCUUGCCAUCCUGGACGCCCCGACAUUUGCGUGGACGGAGUCUGUAGGCGCAUGGGCUGCGACAACGUGCUGGACUCCCGUGUGCAGGAGGACCCUUGCCUGCAGUGUGGAGGCCACGGACAGUCCUGCACGCUGGUCAAGAACACCUUCAACACGCAGCGUCUAGCCCACGGUUACAAUCAAAUGUUCACCAUCCCUGCUGGAGCCACCUCCAUCAGCAUCAGAGAGAAACGCCCCUCCCGCAAUUACCUUGCCGUCAGGAACCUGCAAGGAGAUUACUACCUGAAUGGCAACUGGCUCCUGGAGUCCACCCGUGCCACCCACAUUGCCGGCACCAAGCUGUUCUACCAAAGAGGCGUAGAGGGCGACAACAUUCCCGAGACCAUCAUCGGACGCGGACCCACCACCGAGCCCCUUGUCGUGGAGUUGAUCAGCCAGGAGCCCAACCAGGGUGUGGAGUACGAGUACUACCUUCCCGUGGGACACCCCACAGAGGGAUACUCCUGGAGUUUCGGAUCUUGGUCUGCAUGCACCAAAGAGUGCGGAUCAGGCCACCAGUCCAGAGCCGUCUACUGCUCCAUCGACAACGAGGUCGUGCCCGACUACCUGUGCGUGUACUACGCCCGGCCCGAGAACAACAGAACCUGCAACGUUCAGGCUUGCCCUAUCACCCACUCCUGGAGAACCGGCGAGUGGAACGACUGCGACGCCCCAUGCGGAGGUGGCUUCCAGUACCGCGGCGUGGACUGUCUGUACAAUGACGAGUCAGGACCCCGUGUGGUCGAGGACGCCUACUGCGCUCAGUACAGUCAGGCACCCACAGACCAGCAGAAAUGCAACAUGCAGGCCUGUCCUGACUACGGAAGAGCGAUCAUUUCCUACAUACCCUCUGAGAACGCCGUCCAGUGCCGCACCACCACCUACGGGUGCUGCUACGACCGCACCACCCCCGCAGCUGGGCCCAAUGGAGAGGGCUGCCGCGACCCACCUGCUCCUUACGAGCGCUCCAUCUGCUCUCUGCCUAAGGCUGCCGGAUCCUGCGCCAGCUGGACCGCUCGCUACUUCUUCAAUGUUCUAACCAACAAGUGUACCGAGUUCUGGUAUGGAGGCUGCCAUGGCAACAGCAACCAUUUUGCAACGGAAGAGGAGUGCCACAGGGUUUGCCACGAGCCCAAUGGCGCAGCAAAUGGAAAUGGCAACAACGGAAAUGGAAAUGGAAACGGAAAUGGAAACGGCCACACCAAUGGAAAUGGAAAUGGAAAUGGUGAGCACGACAACGGAAAUGGAAACGGUGACGGUAACGGCCACACGAAUGGAAAUGGAAAUGAGAAUGGCAAUGGAAAUGGCGAGCACGACAACGGAAAUGGAAACGGUGACCAUAACGGCCACACCAAUGGAAAUGGAAAUGAGAAUGGCAAUGGAAAUGGAAAUGGUGAGCACGACAACGGAAAUGGAAACGGGAACGGCCACACCAACGGAAAUGGAAACGAGAAUGGCAAUGGAAAUGGAAAUGGAAAUGGUGAACACGACAACGGAAAUGGAAACGGUAAUGGCCAUGCCAACGGAAAUGGUAACGGUAAUGGCCGUUCAAAUGGAAAUGGAAACGGUAACGGCCGCAGAAAUGGAAAUGGAAACGGUAACGGUCGCACUAACGGAAACGGUAAUGGGCACUCAAAUGGAAAUGGCAACGGUAACGGUCGCACCAAUGGAAACGGUAAUGGCCACUCGAAUGGAAAUGGAAACGGUAACGGCCGGAGGAAUGGAAAUGGAAACGGCCGCACCAACGGAAACGGUAAUGGCCUCACAAAUGGAAAUGGAAACGGUAAUGGCCGCACCAAUGGAAACGGUCAUGGCAACGGUUACGCAAAUGGAAAUGGAAAUGGUAACGGCCGUACCAACGGAAACGGUAAUGGCAAUGGCCGCACAAAUGGAAACGGUAAUGGCCACUCAAAUGGAAAUGGUAAUGGCCUCACAAAUGGAAACGGAAACGGUAACGGCCGCACAAAUGGAAACGGUAAUGGCUACUCAAAUGGAAAUGGUAAUGGCCUCACAAAUGGAAAUGGAAACGGUAACGGUAACGGCCGCACAAAUGGAAACGGUAAUGGCCACUCAAAUGGAAAUGGAAAUGGUAAUGGCCUCACAAAUGGAAAUGGAAACGGUAACGGCCGCACCAAUGGAAACGGUAAUGGCAAUGGACGCACAAAUGGAAACGGCAAUGGACACUCAAAUGAAAAUGGAAACGGUAACGGACGCACUAACGGAAACGGUAAUGGCAACGGUCGCACCAAUGGAAACGGUAAUGGCCACUCAAAUGGAAAUGGUAAUGGCCUCACAAAUGGAAACGGAAACGGUAACGGUAACGGCCGCACAAAUGGAAACGGUAAUGGCUACUCAAAUGGAAACGGUAACGGCCGCACCAAUGGAAACGGUUAUGGCAAAGGACGCACAAAGGGAAACGGUAAUGGUAACGGUUACGCAAAUGGAAAUGGAAACGGUAACGGCCGCGCCAAUGGAAACGGCAAUGGUAACGGUAAUGGUGAUUCAAAUGGAAACGGUAACGGCCACAACGAUGGAAACGGCAAUGGCAACGGUAAUGGUUAUUCUAAUGGAAACGGUAAUGGCCGUACCAACGGAAACGGAAAUGGUAAUGGCCGCACCAACGGAAAUGGUAAUGGUUACUCUCACGGAAACGGAAAUGGAAAUGGAAACGGUAAUGGUAAUGGCCUCACCAACGGUAAUGGUUACUUAAAUGGAAAUGGUAACGGCCACACAAAUGGUAAUGGUCACGACAACGGCAAUGGAAAUGGUGAGCAUGACAAUGGAAAUGGUAAUGGCAAUGGUCAUUCCAACGGAAAUGGAAACGGUAAUGGGAACGGCCACUACAACGGCAAUGGAAAUGGUGAGCACGACAACGGAAAUGGAAACGGCCACUCCAACGGCAAUGGAAAUGGUAAGCACGACAAUGGAAAUGGACAUGACUUCUCCAACGGCAAUGGAAAUGGUGAGCAUGACAAUGGAAAUGGACAUGACGUCUCCAACGGCAAUGGAAAUGGUGAGCACGACAACGGAAAUGGAAACGGCCACUCCAACGGAAAUGGAAAUGGUGAACACGACAAUGGAAAUGGAAACGGCCACUCCAACGGCAACGGAAACGGUAAUGGCAACGGAAAUGGAAACGGCCACUCCAACGGCAAUGGAAAUGGUGAGCAGGACAAUGGAAAUGGACAUGACGUCUCCAACGGCAAUGGAAAUGGUGAGCACGACAACGGAAAUGGCAAUGGUAACGCAAACGGCGACUCCAACGGAAAUGGAAAUGGUGAGCACGACAAUGGAAACGGAAACGGACGCUCAAACGGCUAUGGUCAGCGUUCCAACGGAAACGGCAACGGCCGCUCCAACGGCAACGGAAACGGUAAUGGCAACGGAAAUGGAAACGGCCACUCCAACGGAGAUGGGAAUGGUGAGGACGACAACGGAAACGGUGAAAACGGAAAUGGCCGCUCCAACGGCUACCGCUUCAAGAUAGCCUCCCACGUGGCCCACAGUGCCCACAAGGGCCGCGUCUACAUGAAGGCCCGCAAGCCUUACUUCAUCAUCGUGAAAAAGCACUACAUCCCUGGGGCCAGUUUGACUAUGCAAGCCCAGGUCAGGAUCGACCAGUCGGACCCGUCCGCCGUGGAGGCCCUCGUGGGCCAGACCGUGGUCCUGCCCUGCAGAGUUAGCCCGCCUCCGUCGACAUCGUCGUGGUCAUCCAGUGCAGCCGUGGUGGUCGAGUGGAGGAAGGAUGGAGCCGCGCUGACGUCACGCAGACAACAGCAGCAGCCCAACGGUUCCUUACUCCUCGGACCCGUCAGUAAGUCAGACGCCGGCUGGUUCUUGUGCGUGGCCACCAGGGAGCAGGAGAGGGACCACCGCUACGUUUACCUGACCGUCUCAGAGGGGCCGUCCCAGCCGCAGCCCACCACCUCGCCGACGGACAAACUCUCACCAGGGUUCACCCUGGAGCGCUCGGCGCCAUCUUUGCUGGAAACGCUGGCGGGAAACACGGUCCGACUGUCGUGCACCGUCGUACCCGCGGCCGCACUGCCGUUCGUCAGUAUACAGUGGACGCAGGACGGACGCACGAUCAGCGACUCCAGGUUCGUCCAGCAGUCAGAUGGCGCACUGCUCAUCGAAUCGCUCCGGACAGAGGACACCGGCAUGUACACUUGCUCCGCCUCCACGCAGCACCAGCUGGAGCAAAGACAAGUACAGCUCAGAGUCCAAGCUGCCGUGCGGAUCAUCAAAGCUCCUGACAACAUCCAGGUCCCUGAAGGCAGCACAGCCCUCCUGCCUUGCAUGGCGUCGGGAGACAAUGUCAGCAUUGGCUGGUCCAGGAACGGCGUCCCGGUGCGUCCAGAUGGGCGUAAGGUUCAGGUGUCACCCGACGGGAGCCUGAUCCUGAACAAUGUGCAGGUAUUUGACGAGGGCACCUACACGUGCAACGCCUAUGCCGGCGUUUACUCUGUCAGCGCCUCGGCUGACGUGCGCAUCACUAAAGAUGGCCAUACAGGCGUAUUGGUAACAUCAUCAUCGUCAUUGGGGACGCCGUGCUUGGACCAGCCCAAGCUAGCCAACUGCGAACUGGUGGUCUACGCCCGCAUGUGCACCAACCCGUAUUACGCCGCCUUCUGCUGUGCCAGUUGUACCCGGCAGGCACGGAGUAGGGACAGGUUAGCUCAGUGACUCUGUGGUGCCAAAAAAGUCAGCGCUCUGGGCUAAUCCAACAUUAUCAUCAUGUAGAAGAGGUUUUAUUGUCAUUUCAUCAUAUUGUUUUAUUUUUGUAUGUUCACAAUAAAAACAAUACGUUCACAACAA